GGAAGAACGUUCUCUCGCAGGGGCUCACACUGAUCCAAGUUAGGAGCUUUCAGCUGCCAGCCUUGGCCCAUCAUGUAAGUGCUGCGGAGAAUUCUUUGCAGUGCAUUUGCAGAAUUACCUGAUUUCCCGACGGCCGUGCAUCCGUCCCGGCGCCCUGCGCACGGACGCGCACGCUUCGGACGCGAAAAGGCUCCAAGUGCAUGAAGAUCGAGGCUUGUGUUUUUGCAUCUUUGUUGCAGAAAGCGAGCCGCUGAAGCUCCAGUGCGAGGGCGAUGGAGGGAGGGAGUGAGAAAGAAGGCAAAGUCUUUUGUGCUUCCCCUCCCCCUCAUCAAAGCAAAGGGGAAAUGUCUCAGUCGAAGGGAGGUAAGAGGAAGCGGGUGCUCAAGCUCCCCAAGGAGGCGUUUGAGCAGGCUACCAGUACCAGCUCAGUACCCCCCAGAGAUUUGGAUUCGAAAGCUUGUGUAACAAUCGGAGAGAAGAAUUUCGAGGUGAAGGCAGAUGACCUGGAGCAGAUCUCCGAGCUCGGCAGAGGAGCGUACGGCGUGGUGGACAAGAUGAGACACGUGCCGAGUGGCCUGAUCAUGGCUGUUAAGCGCAUUCGGGCCACGGUGAACACUCAGGAGCAGAAGAGGCUGCUCAUGGAUCUGGACAUCUCCAUGAGGACAGUGGACUGCUUUUACACCGUCACCUUCUACGGAGCACUAUUCAGAGAGGGCGACGUGUGGAUCUGCAUGGAGCUGAUGGACACCUCCCUCGACAAGUUCUACAAGCAGGUGAUUGAGAAGGGCCUGACCAUCCCCGAGGACAUCCUGGGAAAGAUCGCUGUCUCAAUAGUAAAAGCUCUGGAGCAUCUCCACAGCAAUCUGCAAGUCAUACACAGAGAUGUGAAACCCUCCAACGUCCUGAUCAACACUCAGGGCCAAGUGAAGAUGUGCGACUUUGGCAUCAGCGGCUACCUGGUGGACUCUGUGGCUAAAACCAUGGACGCUGGCUGCAAACCCUACAUGGCGCCGGAGAGGAUCAAUCCUGAGACCAACCAGAAAGGCUACAACGUCAAGUCGGACAUCUGGAGUUUAGGAAUCACGAUGAUCGAGCUCGCCAUCCUGCGCUUCCCGUACGACUCGUGGGGGACACCUUUUCAGCAGCUGAAGCAGGUGGUGGAAGAGCCUUCGCCCCAGCUUCCCGCCGACCAGUUCUCCCCUGAGUUUGUGGACUUCACCUCUCAGUGCUUAAAGAAAGUUUCCAAAGAGCGGCCGACUUACACAGAACUCAUGCAACAUCUCUUCUUCACCUCCCACGAGGCCAAAGAAACCGACGUGGCUAGCUUUGUGAAAGUCAUCUUGGGAGACUGAGUGCACUGGAGGGAGGGGGAGGAAUCUGUUAAAAAAGAGGAAACAAAAAAAAAAAAAUCCAAGAAAAAAACACCAAUCGCAUCCCAUUUACCCGCAGGAUUCCCUCUCACCCCUCCCUCCAGUGGCAGACAAACGGAGCCCAGAGGAGCCGCUGACGAAGCAGAACGAGGAGUCUGUCCCCGCCCCCCACCUGGCCUCAGCCCCCCCCUCUGUGCAUCACCUGGCACGGUGGGAGGAGUUUGGGAGACGGGAGCCUCACACAGAAUCUGGAGUAAUUUAUGAUGUGUGUAUGCAAAGCCUCCCCGUUUGAUUCGAUUUGCCCCGCUGCUGCGCUCCUCCUCGAGCGCUGUUGUUAGCGCGCUGACUCUGUGGCCUCCACAAGUGUCGAGUCAUAGUUUCUUUUUUGCUGAAAAGCAGAAGCGAGAAGAUGUGCAGAUUAUAUAAAAAAAAGAAGAAUGAUAUAAUCUAUCUGUGUAUAAUCUAAAUGUUUGCAUACUCGAAGCAAGUGUUGCAUCAGAUUAUUAAUUGACUGCAUGUACAGAAUUUCUCUCUGGGUAAAGACGGGCUCAUGUGGCCAGUGAGGAACAGUUGGAGAGUCCGAUUGUUGACUUCAGGGGCUCCCCCCAGUGGUCACAAAGAGGUACUGCACUUACACUGCUUUCCCCCCUGAUUACAGUGGAGGUCAACUACACAUUUUGGGCUCUUGGCUGCCUGUGAGCGUGAAUGUGUGCGAGCUGGUGCAUGACAUGUGUGUGUGGGGCAUGUUCACAGAGCUGCACGGCUCCAAAUCCAAGUAGAAACGCAGUUUUCGUGCUUCGCAACAUUUUUUUUAUGGAUUUUCUGCAGCCUCGCUGCCCCUGUAAGAGCUCAACAGGCAGGGCAACACUCUUAUGUUGCUUUAAAAGUACAGGCAACUAUGCGUCUGCACAUCAUGUUCAAAUGUGACGCAUGUAAUAAAGAGCUUUAUUUUAAAACUAGUUAGUAUGGUAGUCUAGUACAAGCAUAGACUGUAUAUUAAAGAUGGAAAUGGCCACCAUGACGCCGCCGUGUCAGCAAGGUUCUGUAAUUUGAAAGGCGUCUAAAUAAAUUGUGAAGUUGUGCUUUUUGGUGUGACUGUACCCAUGUGGUCGGGGUGCCCCAUCAGCAAACUCAGCGAUGACUGCUGGUUCAAACACGUCCAUUUAUUUUUAAUGUAUUUCUAAUUUGACCCCUCAAAAGACCCCAAACAAAAGAUGUGAGAACAAUGAAAGUUGCGAAUAGAUAUCAAACUGUUACACUUUACUGUGAUAUUGUAAAGUAAUGUAGCCAAAUGCACCAAAGUCCAAUAGAUAUGAGAUUCUGAGGUCCAGCUGGUUUGGCUGGUUUGAAGCUACUGACUGCUCCGUCCCUGAUCCUUCCUGCGUGAAGCUGAAUCGCAGAUCUUUGAGACAAAGCCGGAGCCGAGUCGCAGCCGUGCAGCUUCGUGUCGCUCACACACACUUUAAAUGUCGGGGUGUGUGUUUGCGUGUGUGUGUGGGCUGUGUGGGGGAAGAUUUUCUCCUUGUUGUCUGUACUGAGCCAAUCACAACCCUCUCCACUCACCAUGAAAAGAACUGGAUACUAUUGCUAUUAUUAUUAUUAUUAUUAUUAAUAUUAAUUAUUGUUAUUAUUUAGAUCCAGGUUUUUUCUCCCCCCUUCGACAUACUUACUGCAGUUUCUCUUAUUUAUUAUAACUGCUGUUUUCCCUUUGGAAACUUGACCGAACCAUUUGAGACUCUCCUCACGUGUUUGUGUGAGCUGUGUAUGGUUUUUGUUUUUCUUUGUGUUUUUUUUUUUGUCGUGUUCUUCUUGGCUCAAACACGUGAAAUGCUUUUAAUCUGUAACUUGCAAGCCUUCUGUGUGCCUCUAUAUAGAAACCGUCUAAGGAAAAUGAGAUGUUAAGAAUGAUGCAGGGAUCCGCUCCCUCCCUCCUCACACGCUGCAUGGCAUCAUAAUCCCACUUUGUGUUCCUGGUUGUACCGUAGCUCAUGCUCGUUUUUUUAUGUUUUUAUGCUUGUGUUCAUCUCUCUCGUUGCCUUUGUUCUUGGCCUCUUUCUCGCAGUGAUUUCUGUGGAGGCCGAGCUGACGCCUUCUAGAUGUCAUGUAAGAAUUACUCUGAUGUCAAAACGGGAAACUUGAAGUGUUUUAAGUGGCAGAGCUGAAUUAUCACGUGAUUUCUUCUAAUUUUGACUUCUGGGGCCUUAAACUGUGUCAAAAACUGAACCAAAAACACUUCUAAUCUGUUCUGACAAGACUUUUACCCCCGAAUCUGCUCGACAUUACAGCAUCGAUAAAUCGUCACUAUACAACCACAAACCCUAAAACUCGGGGGUCCACCUUCAGUCGAUUUAGCUGUUAGAGUUGCAGUCAAACUGGACAUCAACAUCAUUUAAAGCUGUAUUAAAUUAUUAGUUUAUACGAAUUUGAAAGAACUUUUGGGCCAUCCGGGGGCACAGCACCCUGUAAACAUAUCAUUGAUAUUUAUAGUCCUAUACACGCAUCAUAUUUGCUUCUAUCUAUUCAUGCUUAAGGUCAUCACAACAAAAGGCUUCUUCCCCGGACACUCCUGUCUGCCAACACUCCCUCAGACGUGGUUUGCUGCUAACAUCAGAACAGAUCUGGUAUACACACCUGCAAACAACUCAAACAAUCUCAGCUGUAAUCAGAGCUAACUGAGAGAAAACAAACUCCAGCUAACAAAGUGGAAGGAGAUGAUAAUGCUCCUAAUUCCUCCUUACCACGUCCAUUAAGAAGACUUCAGUUUUCCAUUCCGGCAUUCCUGUCUCCAGGAUCAUACUGUGCACGCAUCCGUCCAGGUCUCAGAUAUUGAAACACAGACGUGAGACGUGCAGCAGCAAAACAGACACACACCCCUCCCUGAACCCGAUUGAAGCUGACUUAGGACCCAGUUGGACUUGAUUUAUCAUUGUGUAGAGGCUUCAAACACACAGGAAAUGUAGUCGGAAUAAACAAACCUGUGUGGCACUGGGCCUUUACCCGACUAGCUGUCCUCCCUGAAGUUCAAAAACAUGUUAAACUCAUAGAAGACGUCUGAAUAAUGAUGAGCUUUGACUGAAAAGUCAGAGGACACGUUUCCUCAAUACUAACUCGGCAGAUCUUCCUGGGAGGCAGCGCUGGACCGACUUGCUGCCUGAGCGUGCGGGUACAACCACCAACUCCAACACAGUGAUCCGGGACGCUUUGAGACCCAUGUGGGUGUCUGAUCAAGCCGUCUGGUAACCAAGUGAACAGCAGAAACGUUGGCGCCUAUCAACCUUUCGCUAUUCAACCAAACUGAAGUCGAUGCAGAGCUUAGACAGCUCGGUGAGUGCUGAGGGCUGUAAACUCCUAGAUUCAUGGUUGGGAAAAAUGGUUUUUAGCUUUUAUUUUUUGUCAACCAGGACAAUUUUACGACUGAGCAACCACAUUUACCCGAAAACAUCAUCUGUGGACCUCUGGGGCUCUAUUUUAAAGAAAUAAUGUUCUCUCUGCUGUUUUGCCAGACUCCAAAACAAAGUCUCCUGCCCUCAGUCGAGUACAGUUCGCUCUGUCAUGUUAUCAGGGAAGUUUCCUGUUUUGAUGCAGAGUAAAAACCUUCCUUUCACCCUAUAACCUGCUCCCUGUUGGGCUCCAGUCCCACAACCUUUGGCUUAGAUAAUUCCUUGAAGUACUGCGAACACGCCCAUGCCCGCCUCACAAAGCUGUCUUAUUUUUCUUUAUGAAGCUCUCACCGUUCUCUAUUUUUCAUCUAUAGUUCUCAUUUUCCGACUUCACCAACUGUUUCUCUGUGGUGAAGCUGAGAGUGAGGACUGGCAGCAGACAGAAGUCAUCGCGGCGAGGACAUUUAAGGGCUUCCUCAUUAGUGCAUCUCUGUACCGAAGAUGGAAAUAUACUGGAGAGACUUUUAAUUGCCCCUAGUGUUUUUAGGCCAUGAUGAAAUUAACAAAAUUCAAGUCACACUUUCUGGAAGCAGAGCAAAAUUAUCCAUCACAGGUCGAACCUCGAGAUUCUUUUUUUUCCAUUAGUGAAAAAUGGUUAUUAACCUAACUUAGCAAAUGUGACCAAAGAGCUGGAGCCAGGCUUAGGAGGCCAAGAAAGGUAGUCGAACUCGUCAUGGCACGCGUAGACUCGGAGCAGUGGAUUUAGGUUUGUGUGGCGCUCGUAGGUGUUUUAAGUGCCUAACAGUACAUAUCUGUGGUGUACAUUUACAUUGAAACACUUGUCUGUCUUCGUGAUUGAUGCUUAAACACUGUUUUGGUCCUUCAGUUCCUGUCCUGGACCCACUGACACUGCAAUUUGCUGUGAUGUUUUGCACUGUACCGAGGAGUCAUAUCACAUUGUCACAUUUAUGAGUGUGUUACUGUAAGGAAGCAGUCAUUCAGUCGAUGAAGGGUUGCCCUGUGUGUGGUCAUUUUCCAUCUUUUUUUUUUUUUUUGUGAGAGGGAGAGUUUGGAGUUAGAGGUUCUGACUUUUAUUUAACUGAAAUUGUGAUACUGUAAAAAUUCUGAAAUAAUACCAAGCUUUUCUUCAACUGCUCACUUUGUUUUUGCUGCUGUUUGCACUCGUCGGCCAUGCUUAGUCUGUACAGCUGUCAACAUCAAAGAUGAAGGGUGACACUGACCCGACGGAAACCUGUUACAGAGCAAAGGCUUUUAUUGUGAAAACCCUUUUUGCAAAAGCCCGCAGAUCGCGUUUGGUUAUCAUGUUACAGGUUAGCAGCCUUGUAGUGAUUCUUGCCCACAAAUAUAGAUGGAAACAUUUAGUGCCACCAUAUAAACGACAUCAAAACCCUUUAGUCUAAAUAAAAAUGAGCCAUUUUCACACAAGCUCUCAGACUGCAAGGAUGCAAACGUAAAGCUGAAGCCUCGGUUUAUUUAUGACCCUGUUAUGUUUUUACACAGGACUGUUUAUCAUACCUGACCUGUUUCAUUUAUCUAUGAAAGAUUUUUAAAUGAUUCUAAUGUCUUUUUGUCUUUGAUGCAGACAAAGAGUGAAAAUAGCUGUGUGGCCUAACUUUUGGCGUCCAGUAUUUGCUUCAAGCCUUACGCAGCAGUAAAUCACAGCGCUCGUUCUGUUAGCGCUGAUUCACCACAAACAUCACAAUGUAGUUGUUAAACUCUUUGCUCCACCACGAGGCCAAUUCCUCUAAACGACACUCUGUAGGAGAAGCGGUUUAAAAAGAUGUGGCAGCAUUUUUACCCACGGAACUGUACGGCCGGGGUUAUAAAUGAGGCCACUCAGUCACCUGAAGGUUAAACACAGUUUACUGUGAGUGUAGAGCUGACUAACUGGUGAUUGGCUGUCAGGAGACAGGCGGCUUCCUGUUGUCUGCUCGGUGCGAGGGCAGCCUCGGCCAGCGCCCUGACCUGAGUUCACGUGUGAAAAUGGCUUCACUCGGCGUGACUGCUGAGAGCUUGUACAACUUUAAGUGGGUUUAGUGUUAAAAUCAGUGGGAAAAUUUUAAGUUCAUGGUUGCAAUUCAGAGGAGAUUAAAUUAAAUAUUUUAUAGCUGCCACUGUACAAUAUGAACUCAUAAAAGACAGAAUUCUGACAUUCCUGGAAAAUCAUUCUGGAUUGCACGCCGCUUUCCAAACAUGUCCACACAAUGUGCACAUGGUAAAUUGCAUUUUUUUUUUAGUAGUUUCACAAAUUUUUUCCACAAAAU